GAGGACAUCCGAUAUUUCCCUCCUCUGCAUUGGUAUUUGUGGGAGAAUCCUCUUGGCCGGCUGUAGGGCUUAUAAAUAGCAAAUUUAUUAUUUUGUAGCAUGCCGUAAGAAACAUUUGAGCGCCAUUCAUUUUUGUUUUCUCUCAGAGCUUUCAAGUCUAAUUGUUGUGGACUAUUUUACUUAGCGGAAGCGUAGAGUUUUGAUUCAGGAGUGUUGUUUGGGUGCUAGGCUACUGAAGGAGAGCAGCACUGAAUUCGGGUGAUAUCAACGUAAGCCGGCGAGACGCCUAUCAUUGCACAUUAUAUUUUACUUUUGGGAGCUUUUUGGGCACUUUUAAUACAAGACAACAUUAAUUCCUCCUCGUGUCCCCUUCCCCUUUCCUUUUCUCUGGACACUUGAAACACAGAAAGCCUCAAGAAUGGCUCAGAUACUUCCGAUACGAUUUCAGGAACAUCUGCAGCUGCAGAACCUGGGGGUGAACCCGGCCAACAUCGGGUUCAGCUACCUGACCAUGGAGUCUGACAAGUUCAUCUGCAUCCGGGAGAAGGUGGGUGAACAAAACCAGGUGGUGAUCAUAGACAUGGCCGACCCCAAUAACCCAAGCAGACGACCCAUUUCCGCUGACAGCGCCAUCAUGAACCCUACCAGCAAGGUCAUCGCCCUGAAAGAGGACGCUGCUAAGUGCCUGCAGAUCUUCAACAUUGAGAUGAAGAGUAAGAUGAAGGCCCACACCAUGACAGAGGAAGUCAUGUUCUGGAAGUGGAUCUCUGUCAACACUGUCGCCUUGGUGACUGAAGCGGCCGUCUACCAUUGGAGCAUGGAGGGGGACUCUCAGCCAAUGAAAGUGUUUGAUCGGCACGCCAGUCUGGCCGGUUGCCAGAUCAUAAACUACAGAACAGACGAACAGCAGAAGUGGCUUCUGCUUAUUGGGAUUUCGGCACAGCAAAACCGUGUGGUGGGGGCCAUGCAGCUGUACUCUGUUGACAGGAAGGUGUCCCAGCCCAUCGAGGGCCACGCUGCAGCCUUCGGAGAGUUUAAGGUGGAGGGCAACACCAAAGCCUCCACUCUCUUCUGCUUCGCUGUGCGCAGCCAGGCUGGGGGCAAGCUGCAUAUCAUAGAGGUGGGUCAGCCGGCUACAGGGAACCAGCCGUUUACCAAGAAGGCGGUUGAUGUGUUCUUCCCUCCCGAGGCUCAGACAGACUUCCCUGUCGCCAUGCAGAUUGGCACCAAGCACGGUGUGAUCUACCUGAUCACUAAGUACGGCUACAUCCACCUGUAUGAUCUGGAGUCAGGAGUGUGUAUCUACAUGAACCGCAUCAGCGCUGAGACCAUCUUCGUCACCGCCCCCCACGAACCCACCUCCGGCAUCAUCGGGGUUAACAAGAAGGGACAGGUGUUGUCAGUGUGUGUGGAGGAGGAGAACAUAGUGAACUAUGCCACCAACGUGCUGCAGAACCCAGACCUGGGCCUGAGGAUGGCCGUGCGUUCUAACCUGGCCGGGGCAGAUGAGCUGUUUGCCAGGAAGUUCAACACGCUGUUCGCUCAGGGCUCCUACUCCGAGGCUGCCAAGGUGGCUGCCUCCACGCCCAAGGGUAUCCUGCGGACAGUGGAGACCAUCCGUAAGUUCCAGAGUGUGCCGGCCCAGCCGGGCCAGGCCUCUCCCCUGCUGCAGUACUUUGGCAUCCUGCUGGACCAGGGCCAGCUCAACAAGUUUGAGUCUAUGGAGCUGUGCAGGCCCGUGCUACAGCAGGGACGCAAGCAGCUGCUGGAGAAGUGGCUGAAAGAGGACAAGCUGGAGUGUUCUGAGGAGCUUGGUGACCUGGUUAAGGCAGUAGAUCCUACUCUAGCCCUCAGUGUCUACCUCAGGGCCAACAUACCCAGCAAGGUGAUCCAGUGCUUCGCUGAGACCGGACAGUUCCAGAAGAUAGUGCUCUACGCCAAGAAGGUGGGCUACUCUCCAGACUGGGUGUUUCUGUUGAGGAAUGUGAUGCGGGUCAGUCCAGACCAGGGUCUACAGUUCUCUCAGAUGCUGGUUGCAGAUGAGGAGCCCCUGGCCAACAUCAACCAGAUAGUGGAUGUGUUCAUGGAGGGCAGUCUGAUCCAGCAGUGUACCUCGUUCCUAUUGGACGCUCUGAAGAACAACCAGCCAGCCGAGGGACACCUACAGACACGCCUACUGGAAAUGAACCUCCUCCAUGCUCCCCAGGUGGCCGACGCAAUCCUGGGAAACCAGAUGUUUACUCACUAUGACCGAGCCCACAUCGCCCAGCUGUGUGAGAAGGCUGGGCUACUACAGAGGGCUCUAGAACACUACACUGACCUGUUCGACAUCAAAAGGGCUCUCGUACACACACACCUUCUCAACCCUGAGUGGCUGGUGAACUUCUUUGGCGCCCUGUCAGUAGAGGACUCAGUAGAGUGUCUUCGGGCCAUGUUAUCAGCCAACAUCAGACAGAACCUUCAGCUGUGUGUCCAGGUGGCAUCUAAAUACCACCAGCAGCUGGGAACAAACACCCUGGUGGAUCUCUUCGAGUCCUUCAAGAGCUUCGAGGGUGUGUUCUACUUCCUGGGUUCCAUAGUGAACUUCAGCCAGGACCCUGACGUCCAUUUUAAAUACAUCCAGGCGGCCUGUAAGACCGGACAGAUCAAGGAGGUGGAACGCAUCUGUAGAGAGAGCAAUUGUUACGACCCGGACAGGGUCAAGAACUUCCUCAAGGAGGCUAAACUGACAGACCAGCUGCCUCUGGUCAUAGUGUGUGACCGCUUUGACUUUGUCCAUGACCUGGUUCUCUACCUCUACCGCAACACUCUGCAAAAGUACAUUGAGAUCUACGUUCAGAAGGUGAACCCUAGCCGGCUGCCAGUGGUGAUAGGAGGUCUGUUGGAUGUAGACUGUGCUGAAGACGUCAUUAAGAACCUGAUCAUGGUGGUGAGAGGACAGUUCUCCACAGACGAGCUAGUGGCAGAGGUGGAGAAGAGGAACAGACUGAAGCUGUUGUUGCCAUGGCUGGAGUCUCGUAUCCACGAGGGCUGUGAGGAGCCGGCUACCCACAAUGCCUUGGCUAAGAUAUACAUAGACAGUAACAACAACCCGGAGCACUUCCUGAAGGAGAACACCUUCUACGACAGCACUGUAGUGGGGAAGUAUUGUGAGAAGAGGGACCCCCACCUCGCCUGUGUCGCUUACGAGAGGGGCCAGUGUGACCUGGACCUUAUCAAGGUGUGCAAUGAGAACUCCCUGUUCAAGAGUGAGGCUCGCUACCUGGUCCGACGGAAAGACCCAGAACUAUGGGCUAAUGUUCUAGAGGAGAACAACCCUUAUAAACGCCAACUAAUAGACCAGGUGGUGCAGACAGCUCUGUCAGAGACCCAGGACCCAGAGGAGGUGUCGGUGACUGUCAAGGCCUUUAUGACAGCUGACCUGCCCAAUGAGCUCAUCGAACUACUGGAGAAGAUCGUACUGGACAACUCAGUCUUCAGCGAGCACCGAAACCUCCAGAACCUGUUGAUCCUGACGGCCAUCAAGGCAGACCGGACGCGUGUGAUGGAGUACAUCAACCGCCUGGACAACUACGACGCCCCAGACAUCGCUAACAUCGCCAUCAGCAACGAGCUCUUCGAGGAGGCCUUCGCCAUCUUUAAAAAGUUUGACGUCAACACCUCUGCCAUUCAGGUCCUGAUCGAGCAUAUCAGUAACCUGGACAGAGCCUAUGAGUUUGCAGAGCGUUGUAAUGAGGCUGCGGUAUGGAGUCAGCUGGCCAGAGCCCAGCUCCAGAGAGACCUGGUUAAAGAGGCCAUCGACUCCUACAUCAAAGCUGACGACCCAUCAGCCUACAUGGAGGUGGUCAGCGCUGCCAGCAAAAACGAUAACUGGGAGGAUCUGGUGAAGUUCCUUCAGAUGGCCCGUAAAAAGGCCCGGGAGUCGUACGUAGAGACGGAGCUCAUCUUUGCUCUGGCUAAAACUGUCAGACUGGCCGAACUAGAGGAGUUUGUUAGCGGACCUAACAAUGCCCAUAUACAACAGGUGGGAGAUAGGUGUUAUGAGGAGGGGAUGUAUGAUGCUGCCAAGCUGCUGUAUAAUAAUGUGUCCAACUUUGCCCGCCUGGCGUCCACGCUGGUACACCUAGGAGAGUACCAGGCUGCUGUGGACAGUGCCAGGAAAGCCAACAGCACACGCACCUGGAAGGAGGUGUGUUUUGCGUGUGUGGAUGGGGAGGAAUUUCGGUUGGCUCAGAUCUGUGGUCUUCACAUUGUCAUCCACGCUGAUGAACUGGAGGAGCUCAUUAGUGACUAUCAGAACCGGGGCUACUAUGAGGAGCUGAUAGCCCUGUUGGAGGCAGCGUUGGGUUUGGAGCGCGCUCACAUGGGCAUGUUCACAGAGCUGGCCAUCCUCUACUCCAAAUUCAAACCCCAGAAGAUGAGAGAACACCUUGAACUCUUCUGGUCCCGUGUCAACAUCCCUAAGGUGCUGCGAGCAGCGGAGCAGUCUCACUUGUGGGCGGAGCUAGUGUUUCUGUAUGAUAAAUACGAGGAGUAUGACAACGCUGUCCUCACGAUGAUGUCACAUCCUACUGACGCAUGGAAGGAGGUGCAGUUCAAGGACGUCAUUGCCAAGGUGGCCAAUGUGGAGCUGUACUACAAAUCCCUUUCCUUUUACCUGGACUACAAACCUCUGCUGACGAACGACCUUCUGACCAUACUGUCACCACGGUUAGACCACAGCCGCGCGGUCACAUACUUCACCAAGAUGAACCAGUUGAAGUUGGUAAAGCCUUACCUGAGGUCAGUUCAGAGUCACAACAACAAGGGAGUCAACGAGGCCCUUAAUAACCUACUGACAGACGAGGAGGACUACCAGGGUCUGAGGGCGUCUAUCGAUGCGUAUGAUAAUUUUGACACCUUUGGUCUGGCCCAGAGACUGGAGAAGCAUGAGCUGAUUGAGUUCAGACGCAUAGCAGCAUACCUCUACAAAGGUAACAACCGUUGGAGACAGAGUGUGGAACUCUGCAAGAAGGACAAAUUAUACAAGGAUGCGAUGCUGUAUGCUUCCGAGUCAAAGGAUGCAGAGUUGGCUGAGACCCUGCUGCAGUGGUUCCUGGAGGAGGGCAGGAAGGAAUGUUUCGCUGCCUGUCUGUUUGCCUCCUAUGACCUGCUGCACCCUGACGUGGUGCUGGAGCUGGCCUGGAGACACAACAUCAUGGACUUUGCCAUGCCAUACUUCAUCCAGGUCAUGAGGGAGUACCUCACCAAGGUGGACAAAUUGGAGGAGUCAGAAAGCCAAAGGAAGACUGAGGAAAAAGUCACAGAACCCACCCCCAUAGUGUUUGGUCAGCAGCUGAUGUUGACAGCAGGUUCUGCUCCAGUGGCUCCCCAGCCAGGAUAUCCAGGAGGCUAUGGAUACGCUGCACCAGGCUACCCCACCCAGCCCCCCUACGGCUACAACAUGUAGACCACCUCUACCCCACCUAGCCCCCUUAUGGCUUCACCAUGGGUCCAUGCGUCUCAAAUGGCACCCAUUCCCUGUUUUGUGCACUACUUUUGACCAGGGCCCGUAGGGUUCCGGUGAGAAGUAGUGCACUAUAUAGGCUAUAGGGUGUCAUUUGGGUUGCAGAUCAUGUAGAGCAUAAGUUCCCAAUAACCCCACAUCCCACCUGGAGCGCCUAACACCCCUCUUACCCAACCUCAGCCCCAACCUGAAUCACACUUACCCUACACUGGGAUCAAAUACAUUAUACAGAUGCAGCUUGCUUAUGGAUUAAAAAUGUAUUCCCUGCCUUGAAACCCCUGAUACACAAUCUCACUACUCUGAGACACAUAGUCCACCUCUGGAAACUCCAAACCCCAACCAACCCCCCUCCCGCCCACCACCACCACAAGCAACUCUCUCAACCGAAAAGACUUCCACUUUGCUCCCUCCUCCUCUCACUCCCACCUCCUCUUGCUCCCCCUCCGUCUCCAAUGGACUAGAGCAAGGCUAACUGACCCCACUACUUAGGCUGACCAGCCCCCCCAUUCACCACCGCACAGCAUGGCGACAGCUCUUAGCUCCUAGAGAAAAUAACGAACAGAUAAAAGCUAACGUACAGUACACCACUCUGUCCAGGUAUAUUAUAUUACUGUUCCAUAGACUGUAUCAACCAUAGAGCAGCUUUUAAAAAAAAGAGAUGAUAAUAGAGUGCUGGUAGUGAAGAGACUUUGUUACUGAGGAGAGAGAGGGAGUGGGUGAGGGGGGCGCAGCCCCGAAUGCCCCCUCCCUACCCUCCCUUAAGCAUGGCUAAGCCUUGUACAGGAUGUGUCAACUUUGAGUCAUUGUUCACGUUUGUUUCACGACUGUCUCAUACGUUUGUUUCACGACUGUCUCGUACGUUUGUUUCACGACUGUCUCGUACGUUUGUUUCACGACUGUCUCGUACGUUUGUUUCAUGACGGUCUCAUAUGUUUGCUUCAAGACUUUCUGUUCAAUCGUUUUUGUUUGCCCAUCUGAACAGGUACUAUGUGUUGAAGAUGCAACACUAUACAGUACUAUGGACAAGGAAUACUAGUUAUUGGGUGUACUUACUGUGUGUAGUUUAUCAAGCAUGUAGGGAUCUGUUGACAACACUAAGACUGGGAAGGUUUGCAUUGUUUCUCCUCUCCCCUGCGGUUUUGCUAGCUGAUAAUAACCAGGUCAACAUGGACGUUUGGGUCUCUCCACUUUACACUGAUGUAUGGUACAUGAUCCCACAGCUCUGUAGUUGAUGAUGAUGUGAAACAUAACUGCUAUAUGCUGAUGUCUGUGCAUGUGCUGCCAAACAUAUAAUACUGUAACAAUGCAACCAGGAGCACAAUUGUCAUGUUACACAUACAACAAGUAUUACCUAUGUUGUGUUCAAAGCUAAACAAAUGUAUUUUGAAGCCUUUACUGUCCCACCACUGACAUCAACUAACAGAAUGGUGAAGAAACUCUAAUAUUACACAGAUGAGAAUAAAAACAUACUAGGGGAAUAUAACUCCUAUAUAUCCCCGUGCCAGUGGUCCAGAGUUAUCAUUUAAUGUACUGAAAAAACUGUAUAAUUUAAGAUAUGUUCCAAUAUUAUGGAAUACCAUACAGUAUGUAUUGUCUAUAGUGUAUUGUUGUAGUUAGUCUUAAGCAUAAAUGUGAUACUUUAAAAAAAGAAAAUGACAAUAUACAAAAAGAGCGGAAUACAAACAUUAAACUCUUCAGCACGAUUGCUUGCAGCAGCCAUCAUUCUGGGGUUUGGUUUCUUCUUGUUCAAGUAGCACAUGUCUGAUGAGAAUGUUCUGGAAAACUACCGCCAGGGUUUAUGGGUAAAUCUGGCCUCAUGCAUCUGGAGCUGUGCCACGACAUUGUACAAAUGUUGGAUUGGGGUUUCGUAGAAAACACUGAAAUCUGAGCUGGGUACACAUAUUACCCUGUCUGUACAAGUCAUGCUUUCUGAAGGAUAAUAAAGUUUACACUCACAUUA